UUCCUCUAUAGUAAUACCUGCAGUUCUUAAAAUGAGAUUGCAUUUGAUGUUUGGUUGGUGUGGAUGCAUGUUUUGGGCUGUUUUUAUACUCAGAAUGGAAUCCAUGAUCGCUGAUACCGACUGCCAUACCUCAGAAUUAUGGACAAUGCUUGUAAACCAUGUCAUGGAAACUUUGACUAUCGGUGAUAUCGACAGCUGCUACAGGACCUGUGSUGCAAAGCCAGGSUGUCAGAGCAUCAACUACUACAGAGACAAGUCUCUCUGUGAGUUAAACAGCAGGACGAUCGAGAACACCCCCGAUAUGAGAGUCGCCAACGAAGACUCGGUGUACUUCAC